CUGCUGCAAGCCCAGCCUCCGCCCGGGCUGGUCCCCCCGUCGCCAGCCCCGCUGCCGGCUAUCCCGGUCACCGCCGCCACCGCCGCCGCCGCCCAGGAGCCGCUCCAGAACCACGGACAGCUCCCGCCCUCCUCGCCACAGGCAGCGCCCGAGCCGCCGCCGCUUCAGCACCACGGACAGUUCCUGGCGCAGCCCCCUCCGGGCCCCAGCAGUAGGGCGCACGCACCCCAGUCGCCCCACCAGCACCCGGCGGCGCCAGGGGCCGUCGCCAACAAGGAGAAGGAGCGUUCCCCGAGUUGUUGCGCUGCCGCCGGAACCCUCCUUCAGCACAAAUCCCCCGCUGCCCUCGGCAAGGGCGUCCUGAGCAGGAGACCUGAGAAUGAGACCGUGCUGCACCAGUUCUGCUGCCCAGCUGCUGAUGCCGAGCAGAAGCCCUCCUGCGCCGACCUGGCCUCCCAAAGUGACGGCUCCUGCGCCCAGGCCAGUGGGGGCAUGGAGGACUCCGUGGUGGCAGCAGCAGCCGUGGCAGCCGGCAGACCCAGUGCCCAUGCCCCGAAGGCUCAAGCCCAGGAGCUGCAGGAGGAGGAGGAGCGGCCAGGGGCAGGGGGUGCCUCCCCGAGGGCUGGCCCGCACCGUGGGGCCUCCCCUGGCCGGCAGCAGCCUGCCCUGGCAACAGGGCUCUGCUCCCACACCCCUGCUGCCUCCGAUUACGAGCUCUCCCUUGACCUAAAGAAUCAACAGAUUGAAAUGCUAGAGCACAAGUACGGGGGCCACCUGGUAUCCCGGCGGGCCGCUUGCACCAUCCAAACCGCUUUCCGCCAGUACCAGCUCAGCAAGAACUUCGAGAAGAUCCGCAACUCGCUCCUGGAGAGCCGCCUGCCGCGUAGGAUCUCCCUGCGCAAGGUGCGCGCGCCCACCGCGGAGAGCCUGGCGGCCGAGAAGGCGCUCAUGGAGGGCUACGGCCUCCUGGGGCUGCCGCUGGUGCGCUCGCCCUCCCUGCCGCCCGCCUUCGCGGGCACGCUCACCGAGCUGGAGGACUCCUUCACCGAGCAGGUGCAGUCCCUGGCCAAGUCCAUAGACGACGCCCUCAGCACCUGGAGCCUCAAAACCAUGUGCUCCCUGCAGGAGAGCGGCGCUUACCAGAUCCACCAGGCCUUGCACGGCGGCGCCGGGCCGCCCGGCCUGGAGGCAGAGAUGCGGGAGCCCGAGAGCGCUCGCCCGGGAACCGGGGAGGAGGCCGCCGAGGCCGCGGGCCUGCCCCAGGGCCACAGCAGCACCCUGAUGAUGGCUUUCCGGGAUGUCACCGUGCAGAUCGCCAACCAGAACAUCUCUGUCUCCUCCUCCACCGCUCUGUCUGAAGCGGAGGCGGAGGAGACGGGGAACGCGGGGAAAGGGGCCGGGGCCGAGGCCGAGGCCGGCGACAGCUCGGAGCAGCUGAGCAGCAGCAGCACGUCCACCAAGUCCGCCAAGUCCGGCUCGGAAGCCUCGGCAUCGGCCUCCAAGGAGGCCCUGCAGGCCAUGAUCCUGAGCCUGCCGCGCUACCACUGCGAGAACCCGGCCAGCUGCAAAUCGCCCACGCUCUCCACCGACACGCUGCGCAAGCGCCUCUACCGCAUCGGCCUCAACCUCUUCAACAUAAACCCAGACAAGGGCAUCCAGUUCCUGAUCUCACGUGGCUUCAUCCCUGACACCCCCAUCGGAGUGGCCCACUUCCUGCUCCAGCGUAAAGGCCUCAGCCGGCAGAUGAUUGGAGAGUUCCUGGGUAACAACAAGAAGCAGUUCAACCACGACGUGCUGGACUGCGUGGUGGAUGAGAUGGACUUCUCCGGCAUGGAGCUGGACGAGGCCCUGCGCAAGUUCCAGGCUCACAUCCGUGUGCAGGGGGAAGCCCAGAAGGUGGAGCGGCUCAUAGAGGCCUUCAGCCAGCGCUACUGCAUGUGCAACCCCGAGGUGGUGCAGCAGUUCCACAACCCUGACACCAUCUUCAUCCUGGCCUUUGCCAUCAUCCUCCUCAACACCGACAUGUACAGCCCCAACAUCAAGCCUGACCGGAAGAUGAUGCUGGAGGAUUUCAUCCGGAACCUUCGAGGCGUGGAUGAUGGCGCAGACAUCCCCAGAGAACUGGUGGUAGGCAUCUACGAAAGGAUACAGCAGAAGGAGCUCAAGUCCAAUGAGGACCACGUCACGUAUGUCACCAAGGUGGAGAAGUCCAUUGUGGGCAUGAAGACAGUGCUGUCAGUGCCCCAUCGCCGCCUGGUCUGCUGCAGCCGGCUCUUUGAGGUGACGGAUGUGAACAAGCUGCAGAAGCAGGCCGCCCAUCAGAGGGAGGUGUUCCUCUUCAACGACUUGCUGGUGAUUCUCAAACUUUGCCCGAAGAAGAAGAGCUCCUCCACAUACACCUUCUGCAAGUCAGUUGGCCUGCUGGGCAUGCAGUUCCACCUCUUUGAGAAUGAAUAUUACUCUCAUGGUAUCACCCUGGUGACCCCACUCUCGGGAUCCGAGAAGAAGCAGGUGCUGCAUUUCUGUGCCCUGGGCUCAGACGAGAUGCAGAAGUUUGUGGAGGACCUGAAGGAGUCCAUCGCGGAGGUGACAGAACUGGAGCAGAUCCGGAUAGAGUGGGAGCUGGAGAAGCAGCAGGGAGCAAAGACACUCUCCUUCAAGUCUGGAGGAGCCCAGGUGGACCCACAGCCGAAGCAGGGAUCGCCUACAG